CUCCAUUCAUUAGCAAGUGGGUUCAGUAGCUGAUUCAUUAUUUGUAUCCACAAACACUUGCUCUUCUUCCUUCACAGUUUUGCAAUUGAAAUGGCUUCUACUUCUAAUGCCAUCAUCCAAUGCACCUCUUCUUCUUCGUUUCAGUAUGACGUGUUUGUGAGCUUCCGCGGUGAAGACACACGCAACAGCUUCACCGGUUUUCUUUUUGGAGCUCUGAAAAAACAAGGCAUCGAGGCCUUCAAAGAUGAUAAAGACAUCAGGAAAGGCGAAUCCAUAGCACCAGAGCUAAUACGAGCCAUUGAAGGGUCUCAUGUUUUCGUUGUUGUCUUUUCAAAGGACUAUGCUUCCUCAACUUGGUGCCUGCGUGAACUAGCACAUAUCUGGGAUUGCAUUCAAACAUCACACAGACCUCUUCUGCCUAUUUUUUAUGAUGUUGAUCCAUCACAAGUGCGAAAUCAGAGUGGAGACUAUCAGAAAGCCUUUGCCCAACACCAACAAAGUUCCAGGUUCCAAGAGAAGGAAAUUAAAACAUGGAGAGAAGUUCUGGAACAAGUAGCCAGUCUCUCUGGUUGGGAUAUCAGAAAUAAGUAAGUAAUCUUCUGUUGGUUUGUUACGUGCAUAUACAAUAUAUUUUUAUCAUUUCUUACUAAUGCUGUUAUCUUGAAUGUAUUACUUAUUACAACCUUUAAACUGGAGAUUGGGUCAACAUUUAUUAUACAUGUUUAAUACAAAUAAUAUUUUAAAAAUGAAAAAAAGUACUAUAUAUGUUAUUGUCUUCUUCUAUGCAUGUACGCUCUGUUUUGAUUCCCUUAAGUGAUGAUUUGUCAUUCUUUGUUUUCUUUAAAC